UAGCUUUGUUUUUCUGAAAUGAUUAUUCUAAUAACAGGUUCCUCACUGAAGAAAGAGUUUCUGAGACGUCGCUUCCCGGAACUUGAAGAUCGGCACUUUGCCAGCUCGCUGGACCUGUCCUUUGAGACACACAUACUGGGCGAGACUAAGGGCACGGGUGUUGACCUUGUUCUCAACUUUCUGGCCGAAGACAAGCCCCAGGCGAGUGUACGCUGCCUGGCAGAUGGGGGCCGCUUCCUGGAAUCCGACAGUUCGACUUGUCAAACAACUCGUCUUUGGAAAUGUCCAGCGUUUCAUCGAAAUGCCACUUUCCAUGGCAUAGUGAUGGACAAAAUACUGGUCGGUCAAAGCCUGAUGGUCACUGCAAAGCGUCGUCUCUUCGAAAUGGUUCGGGACGGCAUAGCGUCCGGUGUCGUUCGGCCUCUGGACACCAUUCUGUUCACGCGCGACAAAGCCGAGGCAGCCUUCCGGUUGAUGGCUUCCGGUAAACACGUAGGAAAAGUUGUAUUACAGAUCCGACCCGAGGAAGUGCACCACCAUGCCGGCCCCACUGUACCGCUCCUUGUAGAGGCCACCGCGCGCACUUACUUCUACGAGCACAAGUCGUACGUGAUCGUCGGAGGGCUUGGUGGCUUCGGUCUGGAGCUUGCAGACUGGAUGGUUACUCGUGGAUGCCGCAAAUUGCUGCUCACCUCCCGCUCGGGGUUGAGAACUGGUUACCAGAAGCUGUGCUUGCACCGUUGGCGUGCUCUUGGCGUCCAGGUGCUGGCCAGAAAUUCAGACGUCGCGUCUGAAGGAGGAGCUCGGAUGGUCAUCGAGGAAGCCACCUCUAUGGGACCCGUAGGCGGCAUCUUCAAUCUGGCAAUGGUUCUUCACGACGCCCUCAUUGAAAACCAGACGGCUGAGACAUUCGAAGCAGCGUGCAAGCCCAAGGUAGCCGGCACGCAGCUGCUCGACCAGUUGUCGCGACAGCUUUGCAGAGAGCUCGACCAUUUCGUGGUGUUCUCAUCCACGUCGUGUGGACGCGGCAACGCCGGCCAGACAAACUACGGCUACGCCAACUCCGUCAUGGAGAGAAUCUGCGAGUGCCGUGUCGCUGAUGGACUUCCCGGGUUGGCUAUUCAAUGGGGAACAAUUGGUGGCGUUGGACUGAUCGGCGAAAUGAUGGGACAACAAACGUUCCUGCUUGGCCUUGCGCCUCAGAAAAUUAGGUCAUGCAUGGCAGUAAUGGACCAGUUUUUGAGCCAGGGUCACCCCGUGGUUUCAAGUUAUGUAAAGGCCGAUCUGUCCCGAAAACCUGGCGACAAGGAAAAACACAGCCUCAUUGAAUCUGUGGCUCGUAUACUUGGCGUCCAGGACGCAUCCAGACUUAGUCCAGACAUCAGUCUCGGUGAGCUGGGCAUUGACUCCCUUAUGAGCGUCGACGUGAAGCAGACCUUAGAACAGGACUGUGACGUCACCUUGUCCACGCAAGAAAUUCGGCAACUCACCAUCGCUCGGAUUCGACAGAUUGAUGAAUGUCACAGAGAUGCUUCAUCUUCGCGCGGGAAAUCUAGCGCGGCUCAUGGAAAAAAAGGGCUGCGACGGGACAAUCAAGGUCAUCGUGGUGGAUUGUCUUCAUGCAUGGCUCGUGUGUGACCAAGGAGCUCACCUGUGCGAAGCCAUCGCCAGUCAGCUACUACAACAGUGCAGAUGAACACGUUUAGCUGAAGUAAAUAAAAUGAAAUGAAGAAA